AAUUUAUUUUCGAAAUUCUUAGCAUAUUUAGCACCCUGAUCCUAAAAAUUUAUUUUAAAUUAGUAUUAACCAUUAAAAAUCAUGGCCCUAGAAGCCAUAUCCGGUGUGAAUAAGUUGCCCUUUAUGAAGCGCUUCGAUGAGCUCCAAAAAGAGUGGGACCUGCAUCAGAUUCAAAUUGCAACCAGCAACUUUACCAAUCCCUAUUCAUUAAUGGCUCCACCCUUUGAAAAUCCGGCUGAGAAUCUUCCCAAAAUUCUCGAUCACUGUAAGGUGCGUAUGGAGUGUGAUCAUGGCACCACGACGUUAGGUUUCAAGUAUCAGGGUGGCAUUGUGCUUUGUGCCGAUUCGCGAGCCACUUCCGGCGAAUAUAUUGGUUCACAGACCAUGAAAAAAAUUGUGGAGCUCAAUAGUUAUAUGCUUGGCACCUUGGCCGGUGGCGCUGCCGACUGCGUUUACUGGGAUCGGGUGCUGGCACGUGAAUGCCGGCUGCAUGAGCUGCGCUACAAGCGCCGUAUCACGGUGGAUGCAGCGGCACGAAUGAUGUGCAACAUAUCCACGCAAUACAAGGGCAUGGGUCUGGUCAUGGGCAUGAUGCUGGCUGGCUGCGAUGAUGAGGGUUGUAAACUCAUAUAUGUGGAUUCGGAUGGCAUGCGAUCGCAUGGCAGCGUCUUUUCGGUGGGCAGCGGUUCACCAUACGCUCUGGGCGUGCUAGAUACAGGCUAUCGUUGGGAUUUGACAACGGAUGAGGCUUUCGAUUUGGCACGUCGUGCCAUUUAUCAUGCCACCAGCAAGGAUGCCUAUUCGGGUGGCAUUGUGCGGCUUUAUCACAUAAAUGACAAGGGCUGGAAAAACAUUUGCAACACAGACUGUAACGAUCUACACGAUCAGUUUUGCAAGGAGUCGAUGAAAAAUGGGAGUAACCCGAAUUUGCCGUGCACGAGCAGGACUUGGGUCGAGCAGAAACUGCAGCAGGAUGAGGUGCAAGCUCAGGUGGCAGCUGUUACCACCGAAAUAUCUUAAGGUGUAAGGAUUUCACUAAAUUGCAUGUUCACUUCGAAUCAAUAGAAAAGAAACGUAU